AGAUAUUGCAUAGAGUUCCUUAAGAAUUUCAUUGAUUCCAGAAAACAGAUGUGCCGAGAAUUAUUUGGGGUGCAGUAUAUUUUGGAUAUCCUCUCAAGUGUUUAUUGGUACAAACAAAACGAACUUUCAUCACCACACAGGCAUCCCACAGCUAAUGCCUCUAGGCCCAAAAAUACGCAAAUUAAAGAAUUACGUGAAAUGCUUCUUAGCAUAAUUACGAAUUAUUUUAAAGACGGAAUAUUUAAGGAUGAGGUCCUGGGAAUAUUUAGAAACCUAUUGAUUAGUGAGGACGAUGAGCAUAUAUGUGAGAUCUUGAAUUUACUUCUCGGUCUGCUGACCAGUAAGUCAAAUAAAAGCGUGGUUGACAUAUUUGCAUCUUAUGGAGGAUUCGAAAUUUUAUGUGAAUUAUUAAGACGGAAAGAUGAAGACGUCAAGCUCUUAUGUAUAAAAAUGAUCAUACUUUUGAUAAACAGCCAACACAUCCCAUUAAGGAUUGCCGACAAGCUUCGCUUUGAGAAUACCGAUCCGUUAAACUUGGUUAAGUUAUUGGACGGAACGCCCUUUACCUUACAAAUUUAUGAUGCGCUGUUACGUUGGGCAUUAGAACAAUUCAAUGCACCUGGUCCGUCUGACAAGGAAGACGCCGAACCUUCAAAACCAACGUUCCUCACGAUAAAAAAUUUUAAUAUAAUAAUUGUUAUAUUAGCCUUAUUGGAUUGCGAUGGUACCAACCCGAUGGUGCAAUGUAGAAUACUCGAAGAUUUG